UGUGAAUAAGUUGUGUCUGCGGAAACUACAAUAAUACGCACCUCUCUCUAACUCUGAGCAAUUUACUCUUUCCAAGAAGGUGCAGAAGAAUGUACAUGUGCAUUAAAAUACAGAGAGAGAAUAUUUUAUUUGAAAUCCGUGUGAACAAAUCGGGUAGAAGUGUGUCAGAGCCGCUUUGUGCGAAGUUCAAACACCAGCCACUCUGUUCUGUUAGUGUGACUUAUAAAUGAUCCAAAUCUGACCGAAACGUCGAUGUAAGUUCCUCCUCUGUCCUAAGUGCGUGUUGUGUGUUGUGUAUAUAAGAUGCCCUCUUUGGAAAAGGUAAAGAGACCGGACAUGUGAUAACGAUAUGAGUUUGCAAAAAGGAUGUGAAAACUUACACGAGGAUUUCUUGGUGCCGGAAAUGAGAGAGAGAGGGAAAAAAGAGAGUCGUAAAUUUAAACUGGGAAAGAAGCAGUGUGGAGGGGAGAGUGGGAAAUGCUUCUGCAGAUGGUCGGUAGAGUUUCAGAAUAGAAAUUGUGCGUGCUUAGUUAAAAAAAGUUUGGGAACUUAGAAAAAUUGAUGCAUAAAAGAGGGAAAUAGUUUUGAUAAACAAAAGAGAAAAAUGACUUGAUGCAUAGAAGAGUGAAAAUGGUUUGAUGCAUUUUUUUGAAAAGACUGGUUUCCACGAGAUUAAGCUCCACACACACACAUACACGGGACCAGGAGCUGUGAAUCGACCCCUGCAACUACAUAUAGGUGGCAGCGUUAAACCCGUAGGGAUCACAUUUCUCCCGGGGAACGGGAGGCAUUCGGAUUCGAUCCAACAAAGGGAAGGCCAAAUCCAGUUCCUCGCAUCAAGACCCCCGUCACCGGCGUCAAAGAACCUCCCUUGAGCUUCUUAUUCAUGUCAGCUCUGAAGCAACAUAAGGCAAGACUGGAGCACUGCUGAUAAACAACUUUGAACCAAUGAACAAAUAUGAACACUAAUUCUGAACAGUUGAAAAAACUGUGGAUGAAAUGUUAAGGACAGGAUUGAACAGUUGACACCAAUGUUGAACAGAUGAGAAUAGUGAUUAGACAACCGAUGAUGAGCAUACAAGAACAGUGAUAAUGAACUACGAUGAACAUUUGUGAUGGAGAACAAUGUGAGAUGAACAAUGAACUUUCCUCUCAGUAUUUAGUAAGGAAAAUAACUCCAGGGGUUUGGCUGACGAACAGGGUUUGAAACCUAUCGACUACACGAGACAAGAAUACUUUAACCCCUAGAAUAAAAAUUAACUUCUCUGUAUAUAUAUAUACACUGAGAGAAAUAUACCUUUCUGUAUAUACAUCCUGUUGUUCAGAAAAUUACUGAAGAAAUAGGAGAUAAUGACAAUCCUAAGAGGCUUUAAAUUGAAUAGAAACACUCACUAAUUGCAGGACAUGAUAAGAUUUUCUUCGGAUUUUUAAAGCUAGAGGGUUAGCCACGAAGAAUAACCCAAGAAAGGCAGUGCGUCAUAGAGGACUGUCUGUCCUAUUUCAUAACUUUCUCAAAUUCACUUUAGCAUAUUAUUGGUUUGAGCAAAAUAAAGUGGAGGAGGAGUCGAUUUAGACAGUAUAUGGAAAGUGGAGGCUGUGUUAACUCAACACGUAAACAUCCUAAGCUUCCUGCCCUGGAUGUAGGCUUCCAGUGGAAUGUUUGCGUAGAUGGAGACAAAAUACGUUAGUUUACCUUCAUUUUAUUUAAGAAAAAAAACGUACGGAUGUAAACUUUAUGGGGAACUUAGAUGUUUAUUCAGGUUACACUCUUCAGUACACUUAAGAGAAUUUGAAGGUUUAAGGCCUAUCCACUACACAAGGGUCAUUAAAGCUGGUUGGGUGCUUAAUGGCGUUUAAGGCCUGUCAACUACACGAGGGUCAUUAAAGAUAGUUGGAUGCUUAAUGAUGUUUAAGAUCUAUCAACUACACGAGAAUCAUUAAGGCUGCUGCAUGUAACCUUUUCACCAUCAGAGGACUUGAACUCUCAGCAUAUAUACACUGAGAAAUACACCUUACAUUGCAUACAUCCUUUAUUAAGCUAAAAUAAGCUUAGCUUUAUUCAUGAACGCUACAAACGAUUUGUAACUUUUUUAGCCAGUGUUGAUAUUUUAUACAAAUGUUUUUGAGAGCACAUGUAUGUUUGUAGAAGUAUAUGUUAGGGAUAAAUUAUAUAGAUUUAAGAUGGGUCGAGCUAACAAAUAUUAUGUGAUUAGUCGCAUUGUGGAUGUGUGUGUUACGAAGCUACGAGAAGGGUGUGAAAGGGGACUUGUGGGAGAUGUAGGGAGUAGUAGUGACAGUGAAUGGAGGUGAAGGCAGAAAGAGGGUGGAGGGUGGAAGGUGGAAGGAGUGAGAGGGAAGUGCAGCAGAGAAGACAGAUGAGAGGCGAAGCAGAGAAGUUCAGGAGCAGAAUCCGUGAAGGCACAGGACGUGAAGGUCAGCAGUCUAUGUGGUGCAACACAGUAAGGGCUGCAAGGUAGGGGCAGGGCUGUGUAUACGGAAAGGGUGACAGGGAGUGAGCAAGGUACAGAUGGCAAAGGCUUGAGCUUGUAUUCCAGGAUGUACAUGAACUCCAAGGGCAACCUAGACUACUGGUCAACAGACAACUGCUGUGUGAAGUGGUCCCUCAAGACGGGUGCCUGCACUAUUGGCACUCUAUCUCUGGUGUGGCAAGCACUGAUGGUGACAGCUGGCGUUAUGAUGCUGGUAGACUGCCCUGUCGAGCAUGCUCUCACCGACACCCACCACUCCCUCCUUCAGGAGGCAGGUAUCGGCACCAGCAAUGCCACCCUACACCCAGGUGUCACCCUCUCUCAGGAGGGUGUCGACAGAGGUGCCGCCCAGGAAGGUGCCAGCAAUGCGGAUGGCGAGGCGGUGCAGAGUGCCAAUGGCUGUCUCCUUGCUGAGAGGAACGACAACAGCAGCAGCAGCGACUACAGCAACAGCAGCAGCAGUGACUACAGCAACAGCAGCUACUACAACAGCAGUAGCAACGGCAUCAGCAGUAGCAACAGCAACAUCAGCAGUAGCAACAACAGCAGCGUUAAAAAAUUUAGCUGCCCGUGGCUACCUGAACCAGAAACACAGGUGUUAGGCAUUUAUGACCAAGGCAAAUUGUUGCUGGUAGCUGGUCUCUUUCUCACCUACUCCAGUAUCUACUGCAUCCUCUCUCUGUGUGUCGUCGUAGGCGUUAUUAAGGGGUCGGUGAAGCUACUGCAGGGGUGGGUGGCCUUCACGGGCGUGCACAACAUCGUUAUCUUAGUGUUCCUGCUGGUGCCUCUGCCCUUCACCACACUCCCCCACCUCGUCUUCGCCAUAGCUCACUUCAUCAUCUCCCUCUACACCUGGGCCGUCGUCAAGUCCUACAUGUUCUCCCUCAAAAUAGAGAAAAACAAGCUAUUGCUUCCCGAGGGCUCCAUCACGGAUUACCUUGUCGAUGGUAUUGACGUGACGGAGAUUCCAGUGGAGGUCUGACCACAGUCUGUCCAUGGAUUAUAUCAUCAAUAACAUGAUUUGAGAUCCCCGUGGAUGUCGGACGACGAACCACGGUUCGGGUGGGGUUAGAGCCCAUGGCAAGUGAGUCGUAAAACUCCAAUAAGAACAUAAGAACGAAGGAACACUGCAGAAGGCCUACUGGCCCAUGCGAGGCAGGUCCAAGUCUCCUACCGGCUUAAGCCAAUGCACCCAACCUAGUCAGGUCAGGUCACAUUGACUUAAGGGAGGAACACGGCAACCGACCUGGUAGCUCAAGCUAUCAGGUCCAACUCACACCCACCCACAUCCACUCAUGUAUUUAUCCAACCUAUUUUUAAAGCUACACAACGUUCUGGCCUCUAUAACUGUACUCGGGAGUUUUUUGUUCCACUCAUCCACAACUCUAUUAUGACAGAAAUCCCGUGGAUGUCUGACGACAGCCCGUCCUUCAAAUGGAAGUGGAAUGGUUUUACCGAUGAGACGAGGAAAAGGACACUUACGUACUUUGAAAAUGGGUUUGGACAAAUAUUUUUGUUAGUGGGCUUAUGUAUGAGAAGGACCUGCCUAGUAUGGGCCAGUAGGCCUGCUGCAGUGUUCCUUCUUUCUUGUCUUCUUAAUUAGAGGAAAUCUUUUCGCCAUGCGUUGCUUCUUCAGUCCGUGUGGAGAAACAUUUCAUUAAUCAGUGCUCUGAACUGUACAUAAGUGCAAUUUAUAUCCUCUCCUGGAGGCAACGCCGGUAGUUUAAUCUGGCUAAAGACGGAAAGUAAAACGCCGUUGACACAGUGUGAUGCGUGAAUUACCAUGGGAUGGAACCUAAGCUAUGACUGCAUUGUAAAUAUAACUGACUAGCAGUGUAUCCUGUUAUUGGGGGGUUUAUAGGGCCACUGAUAGCUUGCGCCGUAAGCACUGUAUUAUUGUACAGUUCGCUUGGUGAAUUUCCACCUUUUCUGUCCAUGUUUAUAAAAAAGAUUUCAUGGCAAUUAUGUAUGUGACGAAGAGAACUACAAUGAGUGUAAAUGAAACAACAUAUUCGUUCAAGAAAGAAGGAAAAAGCCCUGUACCAUGACUGGAGUAAUACACAAAUGUCCCGCACAUACGAGACACAAACUUACAACGACGUUUUGGUCCGACUUUUAUAUAUGCAAAGUUUUGCCCACUGAGGGCUUACUAUGUACUUGAUAAAGUCCCUAGUGAGCGAAACGUUGCUUAAACAAAUGUACCAUAUGAAUAAGUAUAAG